AUGGAAAAGUUGUCAAUAUUUCAGCUCUUAUACAUCACUUUGUUCAUUUCUUUCAUCCUCCAUGUCAUCCCUACAUCAUCUCAAGAGACUGUGAAUGAACAUGAUUUUGAUUGCAGAAAUAGUGAAAGAUGGGGAUUGCUUCAUAAAGAAUGGAGUGCAUGUAGCAAUGGUUCUAUGCAGUCUCCUAUCGAUCUUCUCAGUGAAAGAGUUGAAGUUGUUUCUCAUUUAGGAAGGCUUAAAAGAAGAUAUCAACCUUCAAAUGCUACUCUUAAGAAUAGAGGUCAUGACAUGAUGUUGAAAUGGGAAAGUGGAGCAGGAAGUCUUCAAAUUAAUGGCACUGAAUAUUUUCUCAAACAAUGUCAUUGGCACUCUCCUUCUGAACACACCGUAAAUGGCAAACGUCAUGCUCUAGAGAUCCAUAAGGUGCAUGAAAGCAAAGAUGGAAAGAUUGCUGUAGUUGGAAUUAUGUACACAAUAGGCAGACCAGACUCUUUCUUGUUAUCAUUGGAAGAGCGAUUAAGAUUGGUUGUUGGUACUAAAGAAAUCGAGACUGUGGCUGGCAUUGUUAAUCCAAAGGACAUAAAAUUAGGAAGCAGAAAGUAUUACAGAUACAUUGGAUCUCUUACAAUUCCUCCUUGCACCGAAAAUGUUCUCUGGACUAUUUUUGGAAAGGUGAGAACUGCUAGUAGAAAACAAGUAAAUCUACUUCGUGUAGCAGUCCAUGAUCAAUCAGAUUCAAAUGCAAGACCAAUACAAGUUAUAAAUGGAAGAUCAGUACAACUAUAUAGACCAGAAGAGAACACUACCACAUAA